GCACAAGGUUCCAUCCAACACAAACACAUACAUCUACUUAUUAACCAUGAAGCUUCAUGGACUAGCCUUGAUAGGUUAUCUAAUUGCUGUGGUGAGUUGCAAAGCUAUUGAGGAAUGCCAAGAGAACGAGCCAUUCACAUGUAGAAACACUGAUCAGUUAAGCAGUAAAAAUUUCCCAAAAGACUUCAUAUUCGGUGUUGCUUCUGCUGCUUACCAGGUGGAAGGGGGCAGAGGACGUGGUCUUAACGUUUGGGAUGGCUUCACUCACCGAUACCCAGAGAAGGGAGGAUCCGAUCUUGGGAAUGGAGACACUACUUGUGAGUCAUACACGAGAUGGCAGAAAGAUAUAGACAUCAUAGACGAACUCAAUGCUACUGGCUACAGAUUCUCAUUUGCCUGGUCAAGAAUCAUUCCAAAAGGAAAGGUGAGUAGGGGAGUGAAAGGAGGUCUCGAAUACUACCACAAACUCAUAGAUGGCCUCAUCGCGAAGAAUAUAACCCCUUUUGUUACCCUCUUUCACUGGGAGCUUCCUCAAACACUGCAAGACGAGUAUGAAGGUUUCUUGAACCGCACCGUCAUAGAUGACUUUAGAGAUUAUGCGGAUCUAUGUUUCAAGGAAUUUGGUGGAAAGGUGAAGAACUGGAUCACGAUCAACCAGCUGUACACAGUGCCUACGAGAGGCUAUGCAAUCGGAACAGAUGCACCCGGUCGAUGUUCUCCGGAGGUUGAUGAGAGAUGUUACGGCGGAAAUUCUUCAACAGAACCUUAUAUAGUUGCACAUAACCAGCUUCUUGCUCAUGCUGCGGCGGUCGAUGUUUACAGGACAAAAUAUAAGUUCCAAAAAGGGAAGAUCGGACCAGUGAUGAUAACCAGAUGGUUUCUUCCAUUUGAUAAGACUGACCAAGCCAGCAGAGAUGCAGCUAAUAGGAUGAAAGAAUUCUUCUUGGGAUGGUUCAUGGAGCCGCUAACAAAGGGUAGAUACCCAGACAUCAUGAGGGAAAUUGUGGGUAGUCGGCUUCCCAAUUUCACGGAAGCAGAAGCGGAACUCGUUGCGGGUUCAUAUGAUUUUCUUGGUCUCAACUACUACACCACUCAGUACGCCCAGCCAAAACCUAACCCAGUUACAUGGGCAAAUCACACUGCCAUGAUGGACCCAGGCGCAAAGCUCACAUAUAACAAUUCCCGUGGUGAAAAUCUUGGUCCACUGGUAUGUGCAUGAUCCUCCCCUGUUACUUCUCAAUAUUUUUUUCUUUCUUGUUUAUGGGUAUAAUAUGUAUGCUUCCUUUUCUCAGUUAGACUUAUUC